GCUUAUUAUUGAAAGGAGAGUACUCAAGCUUGAGUUAGCCAAAAUUUAUAAGCUUGUUUGUGAAACAACGAUCAAUUGUUGUAUCCAUACCGUCUAUUACUCUUUGAGGAACGAUAUCGGGAUUAGCGGAUCGCAAAAUCUUAUUCUUACAAAUCAUUAACAUCGACCUUAACUUCAAGAGCUGGAGAAUUCGAGUUCUCCCAACGCCGGUGAGCACAUGAGCUCGGAGCUGGAAGAAACACUCUCAGAUUCAAGAUCAUCGAAAGCUCGACGGUUACAAAAAGCCAUCGGCAUCGAACUCAGAAAUCUUUUCCGGCUGGCAAUUCCGGCCAUCAUUGUUUACUUGUUAAACAAUGUUAUUUCGAUGUCUACCCAGAUUUUUUGUGGGCAUCUUGGUACUCUCCAGCUCGCUGCUGCUUCCCUCGCCAAUAAUGGCAUCCAAGUCUUGGCCUAUGGAGUCAUGCUUGGAAUGGGAAGCGCGGUAGAGACACUAUGUGGACAAGCUUAUGGAGCAAACAAGUACGAAAUGCUUGGAAUAUAUCUUCAAAGGUCAACUAUUCUUCUCAUGUUGGCAGGGCUACCACUUUUACUGCUCUACAUAUUCUCCAAACAAAUCUUGCUCUUAUUAGGAGAAUCAAAAUCUGUGGCUUCCGCCUCCGCCCUCUUCGUCUACGGUUUAAUACCGCAAAUUUUCGCUUAUGCGGUGAUUUUUCCGAUACAGAAAUUCUUGCAAUCGCAAAGCAUUGUAAGCCCUAGUGCAUAUAUAUCAGGAGUAACGCUAGUUUUGCACAUCGCCCUAACAUGGGUGGUACUGUAUGUGUUGGGCUGGGGAUUGCUGGGCGCGGCUCUCGUGCUGAGCUUUUCGUGGUGGAUCAUAGUGGUCGCGCAGUUUGUGUACAUAUUGAAGAGCAAGCGGUGCGAGAAGACGUGGAGAGGGUUCAGCCUUAGUGCAUUCUCAGGGCUGUGGAAUUUCUUCAAGCUCUCUAUUGCAUCUGGUGUGAUGUUGUGUUUGGAGAUGUGGUACUUCCAGAUUCUGGUCUUGAUUGCGGGUUUGCUUCCUAAUCCUGAGGUUGCCUUGGAUUCUCUCGCCAUUUGGUAAGUUGGGCUAGCUAGAAAACGUGUCAUGUUAAUUCAUUAGGCUCAACAUACUUAUCGCUCAUCUACUUUGUUUCCAAAUUUAGUUAAAAAGUAACUCUCACUCACCUUUCUGAUAAUAUUUAAUAAAUUUGUUACAUUGAGUCAGA